AUGACUAGAGCUGAGAUGUCGUCUGAUGAUGAAGAUACACCAUUGUCUCAAACUAUUUCAAGAAAAAAUACUAAGGUGAGAAAAGUUGUCGUGGAGGAGGAUUCAGACUAUGAUAGUGAUGAUGUGUUGUCGAAGCAACCGAAGAAGAAAAAGACAAAGACUACUUUGAAAGAUAAAAAAGUUAAACUUGAAGUAGGUAGUGAUGAUGAUGAUGAAGUAAUGUCUAAGAAACUUGAAAAGAAGAAGAAAAAGAAAUCGAAAUCAAAAACAUCCAAAAAAUCUGUUAAGAUAGAAGAAGAGGGACAGAAAGAGUUGAAAAAGAAGAAAGAAGAAGAAGAAGAAGAAGAAGAAGAAGAAGACGAUGAAGAUACCAAAGAAGAGUCCUAUAAAUGGUGGGAAGAAGGAGACUCUAAGGAUGCUGGUUGGACUACACUUGUUCAUAAUGGUGUCAUGUUUCCGCCAGAUUAUGAACCAUUACCGUCACACAUCAAACUCUAUUAUGACAAUCAACCUGUAGAACUACCGCCAGAAGCUGAAGAAGUGGUAGGAUUUUAUGCAGCCUUGUUAGAGACGGAUCAUGGUAAGAAUCCGGUGUUUCAAAAAAAUUUCUUUAAUGAUUUUUUGCAAGUCUUAAAAGAAAAUGGUGGAACUUUAAAUGGUAUUCAAAUUAAAAGUUUUAAUAAAUGUGAUUUCACUAAGAUUUAUAAUUAUUUUGAAGUCUUAAAAGAGGAGAAAAAAAAAUUGUCUGCUCAAGAGAAAAAAGAAUUAAGACUUGAAAGACAAAAGGAGGAAGAACCUUAUAAAUUUUGUGAAUUAAAUGGUAGAAAGGAACAAGUUGGUAAUUUUAGAGUCGAACCUCCUGAUUUAUUUAGAGGUCGUGGUAAACAUCCUAAAACAGGUAAAUUAAAACGUAGAGUUCAUCCUGAAGAUAUUGUAUUGAAUCUAAGUAAAGAUGCACCAAUCCCCAAACCACCAAAGGGUCACAAGUGGGGUGAAAUUAGACAUGAUCCAAACGUUCAAUGGUUAGCCAUGUGGCGUGAAAACAUUUUUAAUUCAUUUAAAUAUGUCAGGCUUGCUGCCAACUCAUCGUUAAAGGGGCAAAGUGAUUUAAAGAAAUUUGAAAAAGCUCGCGAAUUGAAAUCUCAUAUCGAUGCCAUCAGACGUGAUUAUAGGAGAAGUCUAAAGAGUAAAGUGAUGUUGGAACGUCAAAAGGCUGUAGCCAUUUAUCUAAUCGAUGUGUUCGCAUUAAGAGCUGGUGGUGAGAAAUCGGAAGAUGAAGCAGAUACAGUUGGUUGUUGUUCUCUACGGUAUGAACAUGUUACUUUACAACCUCCAAAUAUUGUUAUCUUUGAUUUCUUGGGUAAGGAUUCGAUUCGUUUCUAUCAAGAAGUUGAAGUCGAUAAACAAGUUUUUAAGGAUUUAAUUAUUUUCAAGAGACCUCCAAAACAACCAGGUCAUCAAUUGUUUGAUCGAUUAGAUCCAUCCAUCUUAAACAAACAUCUACAAAGUUACAUGCCUGGUCUUACAGCCAAGGUGUUCCGUACUUAUAAUGCCUCCAAGACGAUGCAAGAUCAAUUAGAUUUAAUUCCAAAUGAGGGUUCUGUUGCCGAAAAAUUAUUAAGAUAUAAUGCAGCCAAUAGAACAGUUGCCAUUCUUUGUAACCAUCAACGGUCUGUCACCAAGGGUCAUGCUCAAUCUGUUCAAAAGGCAAAUUUCAGAAUUAAAGAACUUGUAUGGCAACGUAUAAGGUUAAAGAAAAGUAUGUUACAGUUGGAUAAAAAAUUACGUAAAAAAAAUCCAAAAUUUUACGCUGAAAUCGAUGAUUUAACUAAGGAAAAUGAAAUUGAGAUUCAUGAAAAGAUUAUUGAACGUGAAAAUGAAAAAUAUCAACGUAAAUUUGUUCGUGAGAAUGAUAAACGUAAGUUUGAAAAUGAAGAAUUAUUAGAAGAAAAAGUUCUAAAUGAAUGGUUAGAAAAAGUUGAAAAUUUGAAAGAAGAAUUUGCAGAAGAAGUAAAGACUGGUAAAAUUGUCAUAAAACCAACUUUGAACACUGUCGAAAAAUUAGAGAAACAAAUUGAAAAAUUAGAUCUAAGAAUAGAAACAUCUUCAAUCCAAUUAAAGGACAAAGAAGAAAACUCCGAGGUCUCAUUAGGUACCUCCAAGAUUAAUUAUAUCGAUCCUAGAUUAUCGGUUGUCUUUUGUAAGAAAUUCGGAGUCCCUAUCGAGAAGAUUUUCACCAAGUCUCUCAGAGAGAAAUUCACUUGGGCUAUUGAAUCCGUGGACGAGAAUUGGAGAUUCUAA